GACGCCGCGUAGGCCCGGGAGGCCGGGCGGCCCGGCUUGGUGGCUCGCGCCCCAUGUCCUGCUGUCUCUCCACACGAUGUUGGCCUCCCGGAGGAAAGCGGCACCGCUGCCCUGGGAGGACGGCAGGGCCAGGUUGCUGUCUGGAGUCCUCCCUCGGAAGUGCUCCAUCUUCCAGCUCUUCGUUGCCUGUCUCCUGUUGGCCUUCUUUUCCCUAUUCUGGCUUCAACUCAGCUGCUCUAGUGAUGUGGCCCAGACAUCCAGGGGACAAGGGCAGGAAACCUCAGGUCCACCCCGGGACUGCCCCCCAGAGCCACCCCCUGAGCACUGGGAAGAAGAUGCAUCGUGGGGCUCCCACCGCUUGGCCGUGCUGGUGCCGUUCCGUGAACGUUUUGAAGAGCUCUUGGUCUUUGUGCCGCACAUGCACCGCUUCCUGAGCAGGAAGAAGAUCCGGCACCACAUCUACGUGCUCAACCAGGUGGAUCACCUCCGGUUCAACCGGGCGGCACUCAUCAACGUGGGCUUCCUGGAGAGCGGCAACAGCACAGACUACAUUGCCAUGCAUGACGUGGACCUGCUGCCUCUCAAUGAGGAGCUGGACUACAGCUUCCCCGAGGCUGGGCCCUUCCAUGUGGCCUCCCCGGAGCUCCACCCGCUCUACCACUACAAGACCUAUGUCGGUGGCAUCCUGCUACUCUCCAAGCAGCACUACCAGCUGUGCAACGGCAUGUCCAACCGCUUCUGGGGCUGGGGCCGCGAGGAUGAUGAAUUCUACCGACGCAUCAAAGGAGCUGGCCUCCAGCUUUUCCGCCCCUCCGGAAUCACGACUGGGUACCAGACAUUUCGCCACCUCCAUGACCCAGCCUGGCGGAAGAGGGACCAGAAACGCAUCGCUGCUCAAAAACAGGAGCAAUUCAAGGUUGACCGGGAGGGAGGCCUGAACACUGUGAAGUACCAAGUGGAUUCCCGCACUGUGCUGUCUGUGGGUGGGGCACCUUGCACUGUUCUCAAUAUCAUGUUGGACUGUGACAAGGCUGCCACCCCUUGGUGCACAUUUGGCUGAGUUGGCUAGACUCAGGAAGCCCUUGUCUACAGACCCCAUGCUUCUUAGGCUCAGGAGAAAAACCUCAGGCCUUGGGCCCAGCUCCAGGAGGUUGUGGAGUGGUUUGAAGAAACAGACAGCAGGUCCUGUGUGCAGCAGCUGGACCACAGAGCUGGACUCGGGCCAAGACUGGACAGGAGCACUGCCUGGGGCGCGCUAGCAGUAAGCAGUGUUCAGCAGGAGGCUGGAAAGAGGCUCCUGACGGAUUUCCAUCCUGCCUUCCUGCCUGCUCUUCCCUGCCUGCCCGCCUUACUGUGCUGAGGCCUGUGGGCCUUGGGGAGGGUCGGACAGGACAGCCUGUAGCCAGCCUCUUGUUUCUCCCCUCUGCUCUGCCUCAUCAUAGAAACAGGUAGGCGCUGGACAGGUAGGCGGCCACUGAAACUUGAAGGCCUGGAACUUCAGAAACCAGAGCACAAGCGGCAAGAGAAGCGCAGCUCACGCCAGCCCGAGCUGGUUGUCGCCAUGCAGGACUGCGAGCCUGGUGUCACCAGGUCUUCUGACUUUUCAAAAGAAAGUAGAAUGCUGGAUUUGUAAGCGUUGUAAUUUUUAAAUGAUACCAGCUAAUUGAAACUUUGAAAAAAUAUGGAAGGCCAAGCAAAAUGUGCUGUGGGUCACUGGUUUGUCACCUUUGU